UUUAAGCUCCCUUUCAAAUCAAAGCUGCGAUUCAAGGCAAGUGGCACAUUGGAUUUCGUCGGAGACUUUGUUGUUGCCAGCGUCUUAGCCUUUAAUUUCAGUUUCCAAUCUAUUAUGUUCUAACUGAAUAACUGCAGUGAACUCAAUUUUACGAGUAUAUGCACAUGCACAAGUGUACGUACACACUCACACGUACGGAAACCAGGCAUCCGGAGCAUUGAUUGGGAUGGGCUGAUUGAAACAAUUAGAAUAAUAGUUGGUGAACCAAAUGUUUGUCCCCUUUGUGUCUCAUCUUCAUUCAAAGAACAAGAAGUGACUCGUACAAGAUUUUUUUUCAUUUUUAUUGCCAAAGUGAACAGUAGAGUGACAACUACGAAUGCGAAAGCAGUAGAGUAGUGCAAGUCCUGAGCUCAUUGUGACACCCGUUUUUUGUGCUGUAUUUAUUUUCAAGUUGUUGACAAAGGAUUAUUUUAGCAUAAAAUUUUAAUAAAAUAGACACUAAUAAUGAAGUGAUUUGCUUUGCAGUGAGUAUCGCACUGGUUGCAUGUAAAUAGGACUCUUUUUAUUGGAAAGUGAAUACAUAGAUCGGACAAACAACUAAGGCAAUCAGCACUACUACCAACAUCUUUUUCCUAACUAAUUGAGCCGCUCCGAUCUUUUGUGAAGAUGUUCUGGGAAUUUCUUAAUUUGAAACCAAUUGAUAAUUUUGCCAGCACGUAAGAUUGGAGCAGUAAAGUGAAUCCCAAGUGAAUUGGGUUGUGUGCAAGGUUAUGUACAUAAAGGCAAAAUUGUGGGGGUUUGAGUGCAAGCAUAAACAUCCAUCCAAUAUCCUUAAAAAUAAAUUUUGUCGGCCACUGCCGUGAAGAAACCUUCUAAAUAAAUCACACGGGAACUAAUACCAGCACAAUUUGCGUGUGUAAUUUGAUGGGACGGGAUACGUCGUAUGGGCUUAAAAACCUAAAUCUUAAGUCUUAAAAUAGUUCAUCACACGAGAGUUUAUACAUACAUGCAAAAGUGUCUCAUGUGCAGGAAAACCCAAUUUACUAUCAACUUUUGCAGUUUUAUCGCUGAACGUAGUCAGCCGUAAAAAUUUACAGCUACCACUACGACGAAGAAGAAUUGUGUCAAAAAAUGACUGAAAAAGCUACUUGCCAUUAUUUUAAUUCUGCCAGUUCCUAUAUCUAUGCUUGGCACUUAUGGCUAAUUUGCGGUUGGGUCUAAUAACUUAACUAUUAUGGGCUCAAUAAAGUGCUAUAUUCGUACUGUUUGUUUUAUUGAAAUUAUUAUAUUUCAUUUGGAAAGCAAGUAGAAACUACUUUUGAAAAAAAACUCCCAGUUUAAAAAAAAUAAUGAAAUCUUAUGUUCACCAGUAUCGUUAUUAUUACUGCACUAUUCCCAAGUGGAGAAAAUGUCAAUUUAUAUAAACCACGCAACCUAAAAAAAAACUUUUGGGAGGAUGAAUGGUUACUACCACCAAAAUUCUUACAACAGCAACAAUCGACGAAAUCGAAAUUCCUACCAAUAUCAAGAUUAUUGCCAUCAGGGAGGAAGUGGAGGUAGCAGUGGUGGGUACAGUAAUGGACCAGCCAGCCAUAACCAGCGUCAAUACCCCACCACCGGAUUUGGGACGCUAACACCCAUCAUGUACAGACAACGGGCAUUCCACGACGCGAUCUACGAGGAGGAGUAUGGGUCUGACCAGGGGGAUGAGUGCUGUCAAGGCAGAGGAAUGUCCGCAAUCUUUUGCUGGUUCCUUAGUGUCAUUAUUCUCAUCGGUCUUGCUGCCUCUAUCGUCCUCACUGUCUUCUUUCUGCUUAAAAGUAAAAACCACAUGUCAAAGAAUGGCGAGCUUGACUUAUUGUUCGACGGAGAUAAUGGGAUAAAUUUCCACCUCCCUGACACAACCACAGAACUUAGUAGCAUAAAUUUCUCCGGUGUUCCUUCGUCAUCCAGAGAAUCAUCUGGGUCACCUGGACGGACUACGUCAGAGGGCGAAGUGUCAAAAAAUGGAGGACGCCAGUUCACAAUGUCAGUUGCCACAUCCACGAGAUUUCCGCCAUCGAGGAAAGGACCUCACCAGAUUUUUAAAGAGUCGGAGGAAGACGAGCCCCUGCCCUUUCAAUCGCUUUACCCCAACGGAAAGUCGACAUCCAGCGAACGAAAUGCCAUCUUGGGAAAACAUCCUUCGACCACGUCUUAUCCAACGCCGACGGACCAGGAGGCGGACAAAACAGGUGAAACUGGGGAAGAGUCCAGUUCCUCGGAAGAAGAUCCCCAAUAUCUGACCACGACUUCUCGCCCUGCAAUAAUGCAGCACAUUUUGUUUACAUCUCCACCACUCACGACCACCACGACUGGAUCUCGGCGACACUUGCAGACCACCAGAUUCCCUUCGCCAGAACGAACUUCCUUCACGACGUCGACUGAAUCGCUAGAGUCGGACUCAGAAAAUGGAGACAAUUCCAGUCAUGAAACAGACGACAAGGGGAAUCGACCUCCGAUUGCCAGUGAAAAUGAGGACUUGCGGACUUCGACAAACGGAGACUAUGUGACCACAUCCUCCUCCAGCACUGCAGAUCGGGACAAUAUAACUUAUAAAGCUGAAGAGUCCCAACUAAAUAAAAUGCUGCUGGACGAAAUACCACCGCAUGGGCGUGGAGAAGAAAGACAUGGCGAAUCCUCAAAGAAUAGUCAAGAAGAUGUCUCUAAAUCUACAGAGUUCAAUCUGUCGCCACCUUCCUCAGAUCCGUUGGCAAGGAUUAUUAAAAAUCUUGCACCGAGAUGGGGGCGAAAUCGUACAGUUGAAACAACGACAAUGACUUCUGGGAGUCACAAGUACGACUUUACGAUAUCCAGUCGCGAGAAGAAUCUGAGCAGAGGAAAUGACUCCACGGAAAGAAAAUCGUCAAAAGAAAGGUACUCAGCGUCGAAAGAGAGGGGAACCAGCUACACCUUUGGUGGUGGUAGCAGCAGUACUUUUGCGGUGACGACUUCGACUCCAGAGAUUUCAACCACGAAUUACAUUGGUGGUGAGUACGGUCUCAACACCGUUGAAAGCCCAAAUUUGAGCAAAAACAGAGAGAAUAAGGACGCGCAAGAAGAUGUUUCUUCCGGUUCUCGUGGAGAAAACCCUUUUUUGGACAUAUUGGUUGGGAGUGAGGAUCAUAAAACGCUGGUUACGAAAGAAACUGAGGAUGGGAUUGUCACAUCUGCAAUUCUUCCUCCUUGGUAUGAUACUCCACCUGCGGUAAAUAACAGCACCAUCCUAACAAAUACUACCCACCCGGCCCCGCAGGAAAACGAGUCUGGAGAAAGUUCGGAAGAAAGCAGUGAACAUGAUAACGAAUCUUCUACAAAGGAUGCCGAACAAUCAGCUUCUUCUUCCGUGUUGGGAGGAAUUUUCGAUUUUUUCAACAAGCUUCCAAUGAACCGGAUUCGAAACACGGGGGAGAAAAAGCCACCCGAGGAUUAUAAUCCAAAACGAAUCAUUCUCAAGCGACCUGGGGGCGAGUUGACGCUGCCCCAAGGUGUCAGUUCUCAAGGAAAGGAGGAAAUUCAGAAGAACAAGAAUGAAACCACCAACCAAGAAGUAGACAAUGGGUUCGGAAGUGCCAACAUUAACACAAUUCUCCCCUCAAACAUAAUGACAACCACAAUCGUGCCGGACGCUGUGGUGACCGAUGAACACAUUCGACCUGCCAAUAAUGGUUUCCACUAUGAGUCGCCAAAUGGUGGCACAAAUAUUUAUGGAUACUACCCCGACGAUGAUGACAAGGACAAUGAUAAAACAGUGGAACAUCACAUGGUUCAAAGCGAAACGUUAUCAGAUCCAAAUGAGCUGAUGGGUGGUGGAAGCAGUAGCAGCAUCGGGGUGGGAGACGGUGUAAGAGAAAAAGUACCGGAAAAGAGCCCGAGUCACUCCAUUGAGUUGCAAAUAAAUUCAGAUGCCUCGUCGGAAGUGGUUAUUGAGCAGGACCAAGGACAAGAAGAGGAAGAAGAGGACGAAACGUAUCAUCCGUACACAAGAUAUGGGGAAACUCACCAUGCUAGCGGAUCUGAGAUCCGGAAGCAAAUUGUGGAACCACCACAAUCACUACCCUCACCUUUGCCAACACGACGGGGUGACGGAAUUCGACGACCCAUUAUUAAUGCCGCCGAAAGCACUGACUUGGAAAUGAAAGGAAGUGAAAAUAGACCCGUAUUUUCCAACACUCCAACUCGCAACAUCCCACCCUCACUCAUAAGACAACGAGGAAGUCUUAACAACAAUAAUAAUAACAAUACCAACCCUGCGAAUACAGGCCCAUCACCAAUAAUAGUAAAAACUACAACUAAUAGACCAAAUUUCUAUGCUACAAACUCUUAUGUCCCCAACUCCAGCAGCAUUAAUGAAGAAGUAUCGGAUAACAGUGCUGAACAGGAACAUGCGUCGGACCAGGAGGAAACCCAGGAUUUCAGACGGAAGAGUUAUCUUCUGGAUAAAAAAGAUAUGAAAGAUCAAGCCAACGAAAAGCAUGACCAAGGCCAACAACAGUUUUACGCCGGUUCUGGGUCUUUUGAGGGUGGUGAAAGUGGUGUCAUGGACGUUGGCUCUAUUGGGUCGGGCGAAAGGCCAGGAAAGUGGUCCAGACCGGAUCCAAACAACUCUAUGGAACAGCAAGGACCGUCCUUAGAACAAAAGUAUCACAUCCUCCAUGACAGUGCUGGUCAUAAUAAUCCUCAAGACGGUUCCGUGGAGGUGAAAGUCAGCCCAAAUUCUGAAGAUGAGAACGAUGUGGUCGUUGAAAGAAAGCCAAUAAGUACUUUGGACGAAACUUUGUACCCUGAUCACUCUGGGUCAGGGUCGAUCGAAAAUAUUGAAGGCAAAAACGUGUUUCAAGUAUUUCCGGUUGGAUAUUCCUCCACCACAACCAGCCCAACGAUGACAACUACAACGGAAAGACCAGGAAGUGAGUUCACCAUUUCCGAACCGGACAAAUCAGAGGAAAAUAAAAGCAAUGUUGCAGAUGGAUUCGUGCCACCAACACCAGUCAACUUUCAUGAAAACAUGUACACGUUCUCUCCACCGUCUUCAGACUCCAUUUAUCAAUCCAAGGACGGCUGGCGACCACUCGUGUACAACGACGGAGACGACGACAGUGGUCCAACUGCCCCUGCACCAAUUCCAACCAGACCCGCAACAAUCCUAUUCUCACAUCCUCCUCCUCCCACAUCUCACUGGCGAGAUCGGCUAAUUGCACGGCAACCCGUAGUCACCAUUGCCCCAAUGAUCGACUUGAGUACUGCUGCCAGUGAAAACUCCAUCAACAAUCAGUACCAUAUUAGUGGUGAAACAGAUCAUCAUGAAGAAGAAGAAGAAGAAGACGAGGAAGACGCACAUCAUGAAGAAAAUGAAUCGCAGGAAUCUGUAAAACAGCAAAUUGAUGGACAGACUUGGGAUGCGACUCAUGACCAAAAUAUACACUCGGAAGAAUCUGGAAAAUUGAAGUUUCCGCAAGAAAUCGAGCAGCACCAUGACAGGGACGAGUCCAAUAAUAAUGCAAACAAUGUCCAUCAUGUCCAGCAAAUUCAAAUUCCACCUCAUAAUAAUUUUCACCAAAAUCAACCCCAAAUUCAACGGGUCCCCAUGCAAAUUCCUGCACAGCAAUCACAGCAGCAGCAUCAACAAUUUCAUCAACAGCAACAACAGCAACAACAACAACAUCAUCAUCAAAAUCGUCCAUACCAAUUUCAAAAUAAUAUUGACCGUUCCAAGUACAUGAUGCGUCCUGCUCCGCCGCCCAUCGUGAUGAGACGUACACCCAUUCACAGCCCCAUGGGUUACCGUCACCCCCACAACGUCCCCCUCCCCCCACGACCUCAGCUCAUUCCACAAGUUCAGCAGAUUCAACAUCCACCACAUCAAUUCAACAAUAAUGUCAAUGCACCGCCGACCGAGUUUCAAAAUCCGCAGCAAAAUUUGGUGAAUCGAAGGAGAUUUAAGACGCUGGGUGCGAGGCCGAGAGGAAGCGUGACGUGGUCAGAGGGCAAGCAUACUGACACCACUGCCACGGCGGAGAGAAGGGACGGAUAAGCACUAAUAAUGAGCAUUAUUGUAGUGAUUUCUCGUAGCAAACAAACCUUUUUUACGUAAUAAAUAAAAUGGGAGGGGUCGUAUCUGUCUGUGUUACAUAAAUCAUUUUACUUUUUUUCUUACUGUUUUUGUUAUUGUCUUGUGCUUAAAAUACUUGUAAUCUUGUACAACUUAUAUUUAGUUAAAAAAUAUGGAGUAUUUUUUAAAUAUAUUUUCAUAUAAUAAAUAAUGCAUGAGUUUUGGAUGUUGAAUGGAAGUAUGCUAAAGAAUAUAGCUGAUAUAUGUAUGUAGGUAUGUUAAUGUAUGUACGCGUGCCUGCCUGUGAGCCAACACUAUUAUCAAGUACGUUAUGAUACUGUAUUUGAAAUUAUGUCGCAAAUAUCACCAAGAAUAUGACCGAAUAAACGUAAUAAUAGUAUUACAACAUUGCAUCAAG